AUGCCACCACAAAAAAAGUACAUAUGUGGCUUCUGUGCAAAAGCAUUCACUAGGUCAGAGCACAAACAGCGACACGAAAGAUCUCACACCAAUGAAAAACCAUUCCAUUGUCGAUUUUGCACAAGCUCAUUUGUCAGAAGAGACUUGUUGCAACGACAUUGCCGAACAGUGCAUCAAAACCAGAAUAACAACUUACAAUUGCAACAGCAACAACAGCAGCAGCAACAACUAGAAGAAAAAGAAGAAGAUAAACAAAACCAACAACACGUGCAGAAACAGAACCAAAAUCAAAGACAAAGACAAAGACAAAAACACAAACUGUCGGAUCUGCUACUGCAAUCUUUUACUCCAAAUGGUACAAAUCAGCGGGACAUUACAGCAUCACCAAAUAAAACAACACUGCUCUCAUACAAAAACAAUUUCCACGCAACAAACAAUUUGGCUGCACCACCACUACAAAAUUUGACUUCUUCCUUGCACAAUAUAAAUGGAACACACAAUGAACAUCAAGCAUCUCCUAAACGAAAGAAAAGAACAAACUCAAUACCAAAUUACGACACCAACUUUAAUGCUACUACAAGUACAAACUCUGCACCUAGAAGAAAUUCAAGUAUUCUGCAAUCAAGAGACAAUGAAAUUAUUGGCAUACUCUCAGUGACGAAAAAACUAGAUGGGAUUUUACGCAAUGAAGAACAAACAACUCUUGUCGAUAACCAAGUAGGCUCAGCUUGUGAAUACUUUCUCAUUGGCCACACCAUACUACAAGAACAAUCACAGAGUUUCCCUGUUUUCAAUAUCAUUUUAAAAAAUUUAGUAAACUUUUUAAAUGGAUACAACGAAGAAGGUGGCAGAACCCACAGUCCCCACCACACUAAUAAUAAUACUACAACUAAUAAUGCUGCUGAUACUACUACUACCACUACUCCUCCACCUUUACCAACAUCCACUAAUUAUCACAACAAGAACCCAAAUAGUGCUCUGUCCAAUAAUACAUCAGGCACACCCAACUACUCAACUACUGCUUCGACAUCCACCUCUACUUUAAAACACUUUAAAAUUGGCAUCAUAUAUGCAAUCAUCUCCCUUGGCUAUAUAAUCAACAAAGAUGCGACCAAUUCACUCAAGUAUUUCAAAAAAGCAUGGAUCUUGUUGAUUAAAAAACUCAUACCACAAUACAAUACAAGCAAUGUUUCACAAGAUCAAGUUGAAAUUGCCAAUAUCCUAUUCCUCUUAUCAUACAUUUACAUUACAUAUGACCUACAAGGCCACAACGUAAAUGACUCUGAUGAGCAAGAUGAGGAAAACCGCGUAUACCUCAACAAUAAAGUCAUCUUGGACUAUAUGGACCAAAUCAGCUUUAUAAUCAUUUCUAAUCUCACCGAUUUUAGUAACCCGCUGGAUCGUUUGAUCGAUGCUAACCUUGGACUAUUCUGGGGCAUCUACUCAUUGCUAUCCUUGUACAAUGAAGACAAAGUACCCAAGAUGCACACCAUGUUCUUCAACAAGGUUGUUAAAGCAGAUGGCAAUGAGGAAAAUUCCAAUAAUAGCUUGUCGAACCUCAGUGAAAUGGCAAAUAUGAAACUAUCUACCUUGAUGAGAAGCUUUGCCAAAAUGCAUUGUCUCAUAGAUAGCCAGUUCGUCAAGAUGGUUAUAAUUGCCGCAUUAACUAAUGAAUUGAAGAAUGAAGGGAAAAAGGCCAAUAAAGAAGAAAAAGAAGAACAAGAAGAACCUAACAAACCAUCACUGUCAAAUACAAAUACAAAUACAAAUUCAGCAACAGGCACAAGCACGAGUACUAAUUUGAAGGUUGAGAAAAUUUACGAUUCUAAAAACAGUUUACACAAUGCCAUAAUAUUGAUAAAUAAAUCCAUAAACAAUUUUCAGCCAAGCACUCUAAACAUUGCCGAAAUCAAGCCAGAAGUUAAACUUUUUGAAUUGUUUCGUAAGAAUUUGAUCAUCAGCUCGCCAUUAAAAUUUCACGAAUUGUUAAGCAACUAUAUCCUCAUUCCAGAGAGUUUCUACAAUUGGCAAUUGUUCAAUUUGACUUUAAAAGAAGUCAUCAACAAUGAUUAUCAAUUGGACAAGGCUUUGCGCGAAACAGUGGCAAACCACGUUCAAGCUCAAGAAUUAUCAAACUUGGAAAGUACUAUACGAAACUUUUUUGAUUAUAGACAAGUACCCUUGGAAAUCAAUAACAAUGUGUCGAUUAUAAGUUUCCCGGUGAUAUUCUUUGCCAACUACUUAAACAUUGGCUUAUUGAAAAUGGAUGACUUUAGUUUGCUACAAUUACAAAGCAUGUAUUAUUUUAUUGUUGAAUGGUACGUUGUGAUGAACAAGCUCUUGGUCAUGGUAUUUUGCGAUGAGUUUUGUCUGUUGAAUGAUAAUUAUAUUUUGCAAACCUUGUUAUUCAUGUUAUUGGACAAUAAACUGGCAUUACUUUGCAAAUUAGGAAUUGAACAUAUAAUGCAUACAACACCAGAAAAUAAUGAAGUGUUUAAGCUUGACAAAAGAUGGUUUUGGAUUGCCAAAAUAAAACUAGAUAAUACUUUUGAACAAUGGAUUGCGUAUCUCAAGCAAAUCUUAUCUAAGAGAGGUACUGGAACCGAGAUUCAGAGCUAUACCCUUUGCAAAGUCUCGGUGGUUAAGAUUCUUAAUGAAGUGGUUGCAUAUGACGAAUCAUUAAGGUUUAAGGAAGAAGAUGGAAACAAUAGUGAAAAUGUAAAACUAGCGCUUGAUACCAAUAGUAUGGGAAAACUAUCAGCAGUCUCAAAUACUUUGAGUGGCUUGAAUCCCGCUUUUGCUACUGGGACCAGCAAUGGUGGUGUUGCAAACGGAGGACUUGCACCAUUUCAAGCAAGAUCGCAGUCCAUUAAUUCAACAAAUAUGAACCAUUCAACUUCCUUGCAAAAUUAUCAGUUACCACCACAGCAGCAACCACAACAGCGGCAUUCCAUUCUGCGACAUCCUAGUAUAGGAUUCAUUAGCUAUUACAACACUCCAAACUAUACCGCUGAGUAUCAAUCCCAACCACAACAGCAACAGCAACAACAACAACAACAACAGCAACCUCAACCUCCGCCAAUUCUUACGCAACAGUUCCAACAGCAACAGCAACAACAACAGCAACAACAACAAGGAUAUAGCAAGAGAGAUUCGCUUGCUAUGAGUGUGGUCUCCAAUGACUCGAUAAACCAAAACAUGACUAUGAGUGGAAUGAAGAAUAGCUUCUCGAUGCAGCUGCAACAUCUGGUCAGUAGUGGUUAUAGUGGACAUAGUAACCAGGGAUAUCAUAAUGUAUCGAUGGAUACGCCUCCAUCCCACCAGCAUGGAACGAGUAUUAGCCUGACAGUAGGAGUUGGUGGUGGAACAGGUCCUAAUACAGGUAUGAGUGGGUAUUAUAGUUAUAUUACUCAGCCGCCACAACCAUCGUCAUCUUCUACAGCACUGGGUUUAGGUGCAGGCGCAAGUGCUGGAGGUAAUGGAAAUACAAAUGUCGGUGCACUGUUGAUCUUGCCGCCAUUGGGCAAUGAGCGAAAAGGUAAAGGUGUGCAAUUAUAG